AUGAAUUGCAGCAAUAUCGACGGCGAUGUCGCGCCUUUCUGCGAGCCAGCCAACAACACGGAAGCCAAGCCCGGAGACAGGCUAAUUGUGACGUGGGACCCCUCAUUCUUUGCCAACAACAGUGUUCUCGUCCAGAUCCAAGCCAACUUCAGCCCGUCGUCGGGCAGUGACCCUACGCCCCAGGAUGAUGACGGCUUCACGUCCAAUUCGCUUCGGGCCGGUACCGGGUCGUACUCGUGGGACAUCUCGAGCUCAGUCCUCAAUUCGACGUCGGAAAAUGGCGUAGAUGCACAGCUUUACAUUGUCACCGCGGCGGCUGAUGGCGAAACCAUGCAAAGGACCUUGGGUCCACUCGUCCGCGUCGUCCCAGCGGCGUCGAGUGAGGACAACUUCAGUGCGUCAGGUGGACCAAAUCUAGCUGCAAUCAUUGUUCCCGUCGUCGUGGGAGUGUUGUUACUAAUGGCCAUUGCCGGCUUUCUGUUCAAGAAGAGGAGGAAUCCGGAUUGGAAAUUGAGGGACAUGUUUGGAGUGGGCAGCAAAGAUGGAUAUGGAAGCAGGAAAAGCCGGGCUGAAAGGUCCCUGGGCGCUGGAGCAGUUGGGGUUCAAAUGGGUGACAUGGAGGUUAGCAGGCCGCAGGACGGCCGGAACGUUUUCAGAGAAGAAAUGCAAAGGCAGCAGGCCGCGAGAGUGUAG